CUUUGACUUGUGCACCGAAUAAUAAAACGUCAAAUAUUUUGUAAAGAUUUGUUUAUGGAAUAAUUAAUUGAAAAUUACUAAACUUAAAAACAUCAGCAAAUAUGUCUAGGGCAUCAACUAAAUUUGAUACAAAAAAAGUUAAUUCCGAAUUAGUUACAUUAACUUAUGGGGCCUUGGUGGCACAAAUGGUAAAAGAUUUAGAAAACACAGAUGAUGUUAGCAAACAACUUGAGAGACUGGGAUACAAUAUGGGGAUUAGGUUAAUAGAGGAUUUCCUUGCGAAAACAAACACAGGAAGGUGUUUAGAUUUAAAAGAUACAGCAGAUAAAAUACAGACAGCAUUUAAAAUGUAUUUAGGGGUACAACCAAAUGUUGCAAACUGGAGUGCUGCUGGUGAUGAAUUUUCAUUCAUUUUAGACUCUAAUCCAUUAACAGAUUUAGUUGAAAUACCUGAUGACUUGAAGGGCUUGAAGUAUUGCAAUUUAAUAUGUGGGGUAAUUAGAGGUGCUUUAGAAAUGGUUCAGUUAGAUGUACAAAGUUGGAUUGUUCAAGAUCAAUUGAAGGGAGAUCAAAAUACAGAGAUUAGAGUUAAAUUUAUUCGAAGAUUGGAAGAUGCAAUGCCUGCAGGGGAGGAAUAAACAAUUAUGACAAAAUUCUUUUGUAUUAUUAUUUCAUAUUUAGGAUUCCAAUUGUUUUAUAUAAUAUUCUAUAUAAUGUAUUAUUUAUUAAAUGUAUAACACAAAUUUGUUAAUUUUAAUUAUAUUUUUUUUAUUUUCUA